AUGAGUUCCACCCCAAAAAGCUCCCUCGAUAGCGAGGAGCGCGCAUCCAACGCUUCCGAACGCUCAUCCCAGCAUUCACGCAUUUCGUCCACGGCGGAUAGUCCCCGUCGGAAGUCGAUCCAAUUCAACAUUGCGGGUCCGAGCCACAGGGUCAGCACCGUCGAUCUACGAGCGCCGUCGGCGGGCGCUGGCCACAACAAGAAGCGCCGGACAAAGAACAGAAGGCCGCUGGGAGAGGUCCUUCGCCCCCGCCACCUCGGUGUUUCUUUCAAUACAUUCGAUAAUCCUGACGCGGCGGACUUCUCGUUGACUCUGAAUUACAAACACAAGGGGUAUCAGUCUACCCGGCGCAGUCGGACCUUUUUAUGUGGUACGGAUCAGAAUGAUUAUUCCGACUUUGCCCUGGAGUGGCUCAUUGACGAAUUGGUGGAUGAUGGCGACGAGAUCGUGUGCCUUCGAGCCGUGGAAAAGGACUCCACCAUCGCAAGCGACGCCGCAAUUGAGGAGGGAAAGUACCGCCAAGAAGCGGAGAAGUUGUUCGAGCAGGUGAUCCAGAAGAAUAGCCAGGACGAGAAGGCAAUCAGCCUAGUCUUGGAACUGGCGGUGGGGAAAAUCCAGGAUAUCAUUCAGCGCAUGAUCCGAAUCUACGAGCCCUCCGUACUGAUUGUUGGCACCCGUGGCCGUAACUUGGGUGGUGUCCAAGGCCUGCUGCCCGGCUCCGUCUCCAAAUACUGCUUACAGCAAUCUCCGAUUCCCGUGAUCGUUAAGAAGAAGAAGCGUCUUGCGGAUCCCACCCGCCGCAGCUAUAAUCAGAUCCUAGAACUGAGCGAGCAGCGUGGAAGCAAGUUAUUCGACGCAGGUUCGAGUACAGACAGUCAUGUCUCGAGACUUCCAGACGAAGAAGCUGCUGUAGCCGCCGCUCUCGGUCUGCCUCAGUCGUACGCCAACUCCCGAAGCUCGCUCUCGAUGUCCGAGCGGAGCAGUGUUAGCCAUGAUGAGAAUGACUCGCCGUCUCCCAAUAGCGGCUCCCUUGCCACCACCCAUAGCCCAGCAGCGGGAAGCCCGGAGAGCACCGAAAGCGAAAGCACAACGGAAAGCACAACGGACGACGAACCUGUUCCCCAGGCCAAAACUCCGCCCGAGCGCUCGUCAUCGGAGACGGUAUCUACGGAAGAGUCCAAGACAGUUGAUGCAGCGUCGACGGAUGAGUCCGAGCUGGCCAGCUCUACUCAGAGUACACCAAGACCAGGCAGUUCUAAACUGAACAUUCCGGUCAUUGUUACUGAAGAUAUGACCGAGAAGGGAUCAAAUGGCCAGUGA